AUGUUGAAAUAUUGUUCUGUGCACCAUGAUCAAAGAACAAUUCAAAAAGAUGAACAUUGGUUGUUGCCUGAUUCAGAAUAUUUGAAACUUAACAUGGAUGCUUCUUUUGAUAGUGAUUCUUCAUAUGUGGGAGUGGGAUUAAUUCUUAAAAAUUCUACAGGUUCCUGCGAAGGCAUCAUAGGAAGACUCUUCCAUGGAGGAAUAGACCCUGAGCAUGCAGAAUGCCUUGCUUUUAAAGAAGCUAUUCAAUGGGAAAAAGAAAAAGGUCUGAAGAAAGUAACUUUUGAAGGUGAUUGUCUAAAUGUCAUCAACUCGGUUAAAUAUGCUAACUCUUCAGUUCACUGGAUGAAUGAAGGUCUUGUACAUGAAAUAAGGCAUCUACUAUCUAAUAUUUCUUGGUUUAAUGUAAAUUAUGUAAGAAGACACGCUAACAAUGAUGCGCAUGUAAUUGCGAAUGAAGUUAGAACUGGUAGACAAUCUUUUGACUAUCAAUGUAAUAUUCCUGAAAUCUUCAUGAAAGAAAUCAGGAAGGAUAACAUGUCUACCGUUGUAAGUUAA